AAAAAAGAGUAAAUAAACAAAAUACAUCGAAAAACAAAAAGAGAUAUUCUGGAAAUCUGUGACAAAGUCUUGCUUAUCUAAUUGCAUACAUCACUUGAAAUGAAUAUCGUUAACAUUUUACAAGAUCGAGAACGUAACAACAACAUCGCGUCAAUUAAGAAUCUUCAAGUUUUCGAGCCUUUCAUCGAUCGUUUUGAUUUAAGAGAAAAACUUAUCGGACAUGAAGGAUGUGUAAAUUGUUUGGAAUUCACGUCAAAUGGAAAUGUUUUAGCAUCAGCUUCUGAUGAUUUGUGUGUGUUUUUAUGGGAUCCUUACCAAGGAAAAGUGCUCAAGUCAUUUCAAACUCCACAUCGUGGCAAUAUUUUCUCGGUGAAAUUCUUACCGAAAACAAAUGACCAACAGUUGGUAACGGGAGCAGCAGAUCAUUGUAUGUAUGCAUUCGACCUACAUAAUACAGAUGAUCCCAUAUUUAAGUGUCGUUGUCACCAAUCACGAGUUAAACGCAUUGCUUGUGUUCCUGAAGUGCCUUCAACAUUCUUCUCAUCCAGUGAAGAUGGAUGUGUCUUCCAGAUUGAUUUGCGUGAGCCCCAUACCUGCGUUUCAGAAGAUAAAAUUGUUUUGGUUGAUCUUAGUAACCAUCAAGAGUACGUUGAAGCUAAAUGCAUUGCAGUAAAUCCAAGAAGACCUGAACAAUUGGCUAUUGGAACAAACGAUGCUUACGCAAGACUUUACGAUCGUCGAAUGAUUACCUUAAUGUCACAUGGAAGUGAAGAAGAUAACUUAUCGAAAGGAUGUGUGAGAUAUUACGCACCAGGACACUUACAAGCUUCUACUGAAAACUUUAGCAAAGCUAUUACAUUCGUUUCAUUCAGUCCUAAUGGCUCUGAACUCUUGGUCAAUUACGGGGCUGAGCAGAUUUACUUAUUUGAGAUUGAUAAAAGUGAAACGCCAAUAUAUUUAAAUCUCCCGAAACUUUCUACUGAACCAGCUUCAAAGCCUCCUAAAAAUGAGAAAGUUGACUCCCUCAGAAUAUCCGGAAAUGAGUUUCUUGAGACUGAAAAAUACAUUCAAGCCAUUCGACAAUACACGGAAGCAAUUCAAAUAACUUCGAAUAAUCCUGUUCUUUAUCUAAACCGUGCUACUGCAUUGAUGCGACGAAAAUAUUUAGGAGAUUGUUAUGAAGCAUUACGCGAUUGUCAUCGCGCGCUUUAUCUCGAUUCUCAUUACAUCAAAGCUCAUUUUCGAUUGGCUCGAGCAUUGUAUGAGAUUAAUCAGCUUACUUUAAGUAACGACUGUUUGCAAGAACUUAAAAAGAGAUUUCCAUCACAUCAAUCAGAUCAGAGUGUCAAAAUGCUCGAAUUGGAUAUUAAUCAAGCGCUCAGUAGUCGAAGCACUUCAACUCAUCGUGAUUCGAAUCCAGAAAAGUUGUCAGAAAAUGAAAUGUUUUGGCGUCAUGAAGCACGAGAUUACAAGCAAAGAUAUAUAGGACAUUGCAAUACAAAAACUGAUAUUAAAGAAGCUAAUUUCUUUGGUCAAAACGGCGAAUACAUCAUCGCUGGCUCCGAUGAUGGCAAUUUCUACCUCUGGGAAAGAAAGACAAGCAAACUCAAGAGUGUCUACAAAGCCGAUAAAGCUAUAGUCAAUUGCGUUCAGCCUCAUCCAUUUCUACCGCUCAUUGCAACGUCAGGAAUCGAUCAUGAUAUUGGAAUUUGGUCACCACAACCUAUUGACAAAAUGGGAAAAUACAAAGUGAUGAAUGAGUUGAUCGAUAAUCUUGUUGGUGAAAAUCAAAAUCAUAUGCAGAAUGAAUCUUAUGAGCUUGGCCUCGGCUCUGAAAACAUUUGCCGUACAAGUUAAAGAAAGCCUAUGUGAUACACAAAACCAUGUUAUAUUCUUAAAUAUUUUCAAAAUAUUUGGUUUGGAGAGAAGAAAAUUAAAAAAAUUAUUUGUUUACUUAGCACAUUACAUUGAUCUUGAAAGUAACGAACAUCACAUAAUUAACUAAUGAACUUAGUAGUUUAAUUCGUCUUUCGGCUCUUCAUUAAUUAAUCGACAUGUCUGGUGAAAACACAAAAUAUUUUGCACUUUGCAUUCAUUGACCAUUGUAGACUUGAAGUGUUAAUCCUGAAAAUUAAUAAAUUUAUUCCAAUAUAUCGAAACAUAA